CAUCACUUCGAGCUAAGAAACAGCUUAAUGUUAAACGCGCAACGACUCACCAAUGACCAAGAGUGACUUCCGCGAUCAUCAUGCAUCCUCCUAUCUUUACGUGGUUCUUGCUUCUUACGUUCAUCGCAACAUCAUACUCGAAAAGCAUCAACAUUAACAGCGAAGACAUCGAAACUCUUACCACUGACAGAACUAGUACUACAAUCUCAGGCCCUUCGCCAAUUCAAGAUGGAGCUGACUCCAAAGAUGGUAAUAAAAGAAGUUUGCUAAUUCUGGUGCCAACAACCAAGGGAAAAGAAAAUACAGAGUGCCAAAACGAAAAAACGAGACGAUGUAAGACACCGUUCUGCAGGGAAAAGGUUUCCGCGCGAGUACCCAAGGAAUACGCGUUGAAAUCGAAGAAUACAGAAAACUCUCCAAACAAUGAAAGAGAUCGUGAAUAUUUUGUUGGUCUAAAGCCAAACUUGCAACUGCUUUCUUCAAAGAGACCUCUGACAAGACCUAGACUACGCCCAAUCACAAUAAAAGAAGCAAAGAAUCUAACUUUUCGUGACGAAAGUUUAAUAGACUCGCUUCGAAAAGAGUUCGGACUCACAGCUCCUACUGUGGGUGCUGCUCAAGAAAAUAUGACGUCAAAGACGAGUGUAUACGACGAUGGUAAAUUCAUUUGCUACUGCAGAGAAAAAGAUAAUUCUUCUUCUGAAAAAGGUACGUCAGAUGUUGCUCCAAAGCCACGAAGAACGAAGAAACCUACAAUAACGAGGAAACCAAACAAUGAAAAUCCACUUAUAGGCAGCGUGCAACGCUUAAAACCAACUCACGCAAAUGUUCCACAUCGAUCACCUUUAUCCAAAAAAUUGCCUACGGCGUACCCUAUCGUUUCUCGAUAUUCGCCUAUUGGCUAUAUACCCAACAAUGUGAAUCCAAUUUCUCCCCAGAAGGGACACGGAACGAUACCGUACAUUCCAUACGUUUAUCACCCAAAUCCUCGACCUUCCAUGACCGGGAUCCCAAGUCAGGAAAGAACGCCAAAUAUUAAUAUUCCAUUGAAAACAUUUGGUAAUAGACCCAAUUCGAUCGUUGAGCAACGAACACCGAUUGGUCAACACGAUUCAAAUAAAUAUCAACCAACUGUUGGGCAAACUCAGCGUCCUCCAAAUGUGGUUGGCAAUAGUCUGUCUCGAAAUACAAAUCCUGCAACAUCUUCAAAAACAUUUGCAGAAGAGGAUACUUCGGGUAGUAACGAAGAAGAUUCCAAUGAUCCUAGUUACAAUUCGCAAUCCGUGCAACCAGAAUCGAAAAAUCACUUAACAUCGAUGGGAACGAUCGAAUCUUCCAAAAAAGAUCCUAAUCUACAGGCUACUAAUCCUCACACGAUUGAUGCAAUACCUACGGGCUUUGGAGACGAAUUCGCGGAUGGAUACGAAACGACGGACAGCGGAGCCCUAGAUUACUCGAAUAUCAAGGAAGUUACGUCGGUGUACUUCACGUCGAAAGCCUAUGACAACGAAACUGGGGACGACGGAUUCAGCGACUACGAUGAUCUUAUAAGCAACACGGAAACUGCUGUGAAUCCAAAUUCAGGAGAGAAUCGUUAUUAUGGUGUCAAUUUGCAGAGUAAACACAAUGAUCCGACAGAUAAUUGCAGAAAAUCUGCAAGUGCUGGGAUGAACUUGCAUACGAAAGAUCUAAAUAACGCGGAGGAUUCUGAUCGAGGAAAUGACGAGGGAAAUGUUGUGGGAAAAGAUAAUCCCCUUUGGAAUCAAGAUGAAUCUGCAAACGAUGAUUCGAACGAGAAUUUAGAAUCCAAUGUGGAGAAUACAGAAGAAGAGACAAGAGACCCAAAUGAAGCAAAUAACGAAAGAAAUCUUAUGUCGGGAAAAAGUGAUCCAUAUCAUAAUGAAGAACCCCGUAUCGAUAGCAAGGAGGCUGUGAGUUCAAAUUCGCAAGAAGAUUAUGAUUCUAAUGUCAAUUUGCAGAGUAGACAUAAUGAUCCUACGGAAAAUUCGGGAGAAUCUGAAGAAGAUGGACUGAACUUGGACACGAAAUAUUUAAAUGACGCGAACGAUCCUGAUCAGGGAAAUACUGAAGAGAAUGUUGAAUUGGGGAGAAAUAAUCCUAAUUGGAACGAAGAAGAAUAUGCAGGCGAUGAUCCGAACCAGAAUUUAGAACCUAUUUUGGAAAGUACAGAAGAAAAUGAAGAGGAUUCCGAGCCCAAAGAACCUUCUCUUACGGAGGAAACAAGGAUAUUGAAUUUUGGAGAUUCGAAAAACUCAAAUGAAGCCGAUACAUCAGCAAGGAUCGAUGAUAAAGACGAUCCAUCGAAGCAGAGAUUUUCCGCGGAAGAUUCUGUGAGUGAAUUGCCGGAAACGAACAAUAAUGCUGGCUCGUUAAAUAACGAUUACGAAAUGGAAAAUGUCGAAUCUAAUAAAUCUGAAGAAAGAGGCGAAGGAAGAAGUCCAGACGAAGGUUUUAUAAAUACGGACAAUGAAAAGGUGGGAACGGAACGAGUGACGAUCCAGAACAACAAAAAUGAGGACGAUCCUUCCCUGCAGUCGACCUUGAAAUCAAGCAGAAACAACGAUGAUACUAUAGGAAUAAAUGAUCCAUCGAAACAGCUGCCUUUCUGUGACAACACGUUGCUCCAGAAAUCGAUAAAAACGGUAAUUAAUAGCUUUGCGACCGGUGACUCGUCUGAAAUGGAUGGCAACGAGAAUGAAGAAACGGUGGGUUCCGCGAAGGGCGAAGAUCUACUGCCGGAAAUUGUACAAGUUCCGAACUUGAAAAGCAUUUUGUCCAUGCCGUCGAUAGAGAACACUGUUCUGGAUAAAAUAAAGAAUCUUCUGUCGAAAGUAACUGGGACGGAUAGAAAGAUGUUCGACAGUGACUGGGCCACCAACGUGAUCAAAAAUAAUUUACGACACACGUUAUCCGCUGCGCCUAGUUCCAAAGCAGAACUUCCACCGAUGACUGUCGAGGAGCAUCAAUUCAAAAAUGGCAAAUGGGUGACGAAUUUGGUUACACUGGAACCUUCGAACGAAGAAGAUCAUGCUCAGACAAAUUUACAAAAACUGCAGGCUCACGUUAAAAACCUUUUGCGUGAUCCAGCUGUUGGUUUACAGGCAGCUAAGAAUCCUGCUGUUCAGAACAUGAUCGUACAAAGCAUUCGACGCAGCUUCAAACCGAAAAAUGUAACAGACGAUGAAAAUUUCGAUUCGAUUAUUCAAAGCACGUUGAACAACGAAGUAAGCAUAAUGGAAAUGGAAAACGAAGACAUGCCCACGACAAAGGAUAUACCCGAAUCUACCACUUUUGAUAUUUCCAAUAUCGAUAUGAAUAAGCUUCUGGAUAUCGCCAAAAGUGAAGUAGAUGUAGACGAUAAGAAAGAAAGUGAAUCCACUUUACAAUCGUCUAUAUAUGAAAAAGGUAUAGAAAAUCAGGAAACACCUUCUUCGAUGGAAUCUUCGGAUAAAGAAAUGAUAGGAGAAGCAAUGAAUUUUGGAACAGAGGAUGCUACCAGUUAUCCAAUCACUGAGAUAGAUCAGAGUGCAGAAGAAUCUUCUCAACAAAAUGAAACGCCGAAUAAUGCAGAAGAAACUGAGAUAGAAGAAUUUGAGACGACAACGUUGGAAGAAAUUCCUGAAGUUGCAACAUAUAAUUCGAUUUCCACCGAAAAUUGGAACGUUGCUGCUACCUUAGGUACUCAAGACAAAUCUCUAUCUACGGAAACAGAAGAUUACACGCCUGUAGAAUAUGAUUCUCCAUCGAUGAAUCCAGCAGAAAAUGCUGAUGUUAUGCAUAGAGAAGCGGCUGAAAGUACAGAAAGAUCGAUGGAAUUGGAAAAUAAGAGUUCGACAACGGCGCUUUAUGAUGAUGAUGCUACUUCCGCAAACGAUUUUACUUAUUAUUUGGGGAAAAUCACGAAGAAAAAUGAGAAUAACGCGGACGACCUGCAAAGUCUUCAAAAUUCCGAGUUGUUUUACAUCGGUGACGGUGUCAAACUACCCUUGGAGAUAAGAAAACUGCACGAUGGUUCUUACGCUUUAUCGAUUUCCAGGAAGAUCUGCGAACAACUAUUAAACAAGGAGUGCCCUUGUUGCGUACCCAAGAACGGCAACGUUCUUCGAACUGUGAAGCAAAAUUUAGAAACGGAAAAUGCUGAUAGGACAGAUGGAAGAAUUUUCAAACGCGAAUCGAUGAAAUCAGUUUCACUGAACGAACGAGAAAGAUGCGAUUCAGCUGACGACAGCUUACAGAUUUUCUCGAUGCCCGUGGAAACUUUCGCGAGAAGAUACAAUCUAUCUCUGAACUCGGGGAAAAUGCAAACUGCGUGGAAUUUUGGUGCGGAAAAAAAGAUUGACGAGCGAUCAAAAAAUUAUAAAACUAAUGUUGAUGCCAAAGAAAGGGGGAUAAAAAAUAAUCCACACGAUGAUGCAACAAACUUUGAUUUUGAGAGGUAUCGAUAUCAACGUAACACAAAUGAAGACGCGGACAAACGAGUAGAAAUAGUGACAACAGUAUUAAAUUGGUUAAAAGACAUAGUAUUAAAUACAAAUAAUAGAAUAUAAACAUAUUUUUAUUAUUUUAAAGUGUAUAAUGUAUGUCGUUAUUCUAUAAGUUCCUUGAUUACAUUUUAAUAGCUUUUAUACUUCCAUAUGUUAUAUUUGUUUUCGAAUUUUCCUAUAUAGUGUAAAGAAAAAAUAAAUAAAAUAUAUGUUUCAAAAAAUUUAAGGAAGAUUAAACCCUUCUCAAUUUUUUUUAAAUAAAUAAUUU